AAACACCUGUUCUACCUGGUGGAAAACACAAUGCAGCAGCAGCCUGAAGUUCUUCCGUCCCAAGUCAAUGCAGCGAGCCAGCGCUCACACCGAGGACAUCCUGAGCGCCAACCUUUAGGAAACCCAGAAAGGGACGAAAUGCCAGAAGAUUAUAUGAGCGAAUACGAGCCUCUGCUCACCAAAGAAGGCAAAAAGCGAAAAGGGAUAAAGUUUUUCUGUUUCCAAUUUCCAAACAAAUUCCUCCUGCUGGUGAUGUUUGCGACAUGCAUAGGAGGCACAUUUCAGUGCGGAUAUAAUAUUUCUGUCAUCAACGCGCCCACUAAGUAUGUGCAAGACUUCAUAAACCAGACCUGGAGGCAGCGUUAUCAAACAGAGAUCUCAAAAGAUGUGCUCACACUGCUCUGGUCCACCAUUGUGUCUAUAUUCACCAUAGGAGGAUUUAUAGGAGUGUCAAUUGGUGGGACUUUGUCUGUGAAGCUGGGAAGGAGAGGGACACUACUGGCCAAUAACGCUUUUUCAUUGGUUGCUGCUCUACUGAUGGGUCUGAGCUCCUCUGCUGGCUCAUUUGAGUUGCUUAUCAUUGGACGUCUCCUCAUUGGAAUAAAUGCAGGCAUUGCUCUGUGUGUUGAGCCCAUGUUCUUAGGGGAAAUAGCACCAACUUCUUUACGUGGAGCCAUGGGAACGGGGUCGUCCAUUUUCCUCACUGGUGGCAUCCUGUCAGGACAAGUGAUGGGGCUCAAAGAAGUGCUUGGUGGAGAACAGUACUGGCCCCUCCUGCUCUCCACCACGUGUAUCCCAGCUUUACUGCAGCUCCAGCUGCUGCCCUGGUUCCCCGAGAGUCCGCGCUUCCUGCUUAUUGAUAAAGGAGACGAGGAGAAGUGUAAAAAAGCCCUGAAUCAGCUGCACGGCGCGGCGGGCUCUGACAGUGUGCUGGAGGAUAUCCAGAGGGAGAAGAACAACUUGGUCGGUUUCAAAGCCAAGAAACCCUGGGAGCUCUUUGCCGAUCGCAGCGUACGCUGGCAGGUCAUCACCAUCAUCGUGCUCAACGCAGCGCAACAGCUGAACGGCGUCAACGCUAUGUACUUCUACGCCGAUUACUUGUUCCGACAAGCUGGGAUCGCUGAAGAUAACAUACCUUACGCUACCGUCGGCACAGGUGCCUGUGAAUGUCUCACUGCGUUAACAUGUGGAAUGCUCGUUGAGUCUCUGGGAAGGAAAGUGCUCAUCUCAGGAGGAUACUUAUUGAUGAGCAUCUGCUGCAUCUUAUUCACAGUGACGUUGGCCCUGCAGGAUGUCAGUCCGAUAUUUCCAUACUUAAGCGUGGCCUGUGUGUUUGCUUUUGUCUUAAGCUUUGGUUUGGGACCGGGUGGCGUGACGAACAUUUUAACCACAGAGAUGUUCAAACAAACCACUCGGCCGGCAGCAUUCAUGAUCGCAGGCUCGGUGAACUGGCUCAGCUUCUUCUUUAUCGGCUUGCUCUUCCCCUUUAUUGUGCUUGGGUUGCAGCACUACUGCUUCCUGGUAUUCUUUGUCGUCUGCCUCUCGGUAGGGAUAUAUAUCAUUGUCGUUCUUCCUGAAACCAAAAACAAAAGCUUUGUUGAAAUCCAGCAAGAGUUCCAGUCCAGAAGGAGUAAAGAGAGCAAGUAUGAUGAAGAAGGAGCUUUACUUAUAUCCACUUCUUUAUGAUGUGGCUCUGGUCCAGCACCAAAGCAAACAAAGACUGCUUGUCUGUUAAAAACAGACAAACAUUGAAGGUUUCUUGUCUGCUCAGAACACAUCGUGAUGAACAGGGGCGAUAGGGGCCCAAAAAAUAAAAUUUUAAAUAUACAUGAGCAUUCGGGACAAUUUAGAUUUUUUAUUUUUUUGUCAUGGGGACAAAAUUGUGAAGACACCCCUGGUGAUGAACAAUGCAAACUAUCUGUGGUGCUUUUCAAGAUGUGUUGUAAUCUUUGGGAUCUUUUUUAUAUUUUUUUUUUUGCUGAAAGCUCGAACUGUAAUGACUUUUGUGUCUACUUUGCCAAAAGAUGAUAUGUACAAGUUUCUAAAAAGGGUUCUGUACUGCAUUUUUAAAGCAAAGAUAAGCACAUUAAAUAAAAAAUGUUGUAACCGAUUAGAGUUCUACAUGCCA